AUGGUCGCAAACACUAACCAGGACGGCCAGCGGCUGGCUAAACGCGGCAAGGUUGUCGGGUUUUUCCGGGGCCUGAGCAAUCAGCACAGCAGUAGUCAGCCUGCGUCUCCCAAGAACAACGAUCUCCACUACGUUCUCAACGAGGGGCGUCACUCGCUUGAUAACGACCACAAUGACUAUAACGACCUCAGAGAGCUGUUGUUGCAGAAACGAGGGCUGGGGGCCAACAAAGUGAGGACCCAGAUCCAGGCGUACAACUACCACAAUUCUCGCCUAUUGCAGCUUCCCACAGAGGUGCUUCUUCAGAUCUUCAAGCAUUUGGACAAGUCUGACUUGUUCUCGUUGCUCACGGUGUGUCGAGAGUUCAGCGAAUUGAUUGUGGAGAUUUUGUGGUACCGGCCCAAUUUCCAGGUGGACUCAGCUUUCCAUAAGAUCACAGAAGUCAUGAAGAGGCCGCGGCUGCAAACGCAUUGGGAUUACCGCAACUACAUCAAAAGGCUCAACUUGUCGUUCAUGACAAAGCUCAUGGACGAUGAGCUGCUCUAUUUGUUCCGGGGUUGCCCAAAGCUCGAGCGGUUGACGUUGGUGAACUGCCAUAAAGUGACCAGCAAGCCAAUAACUGAGGUGCUUCAAAAUUGCGAGCACUUGCAGUCCAUUGACAUGACGGGCGUUCAAGAUAUCCAAGAUGAAAUCUUCUACGCUUUGGCAAAAAAUUGUCCCAGGCUACAAGGGCUUUAUGCUCCUGGUUGCGGCAACAUUCUGGAAGACGCCAUCAUUCUGGUGCUCCGAGCAUGCCCCAUGCUAAAGCGUGUGAAAUUCAACAACUCGGAAAACAUCACUAACGACACCAUCUUGGCCAUGUACGAAAACUGCAAGCUGCUAGUAGAGAUUGACUUACAUAAUUGCCCAAAAGUCACCGAUAAGCACUUGCGCAGCAUCUUCUGUGAGCAUUUGCAGCUACGAGAGUUUCGAAUCUCAAAUGCCCCGGGAAUCACUGACGAUUUGUUCCUGCUGGUUCCCGAGGACCAAACUCUCGAAAAGUUGCGUAUCAUUGACGUGACGGGCUGUAAUGCUAUUACGGAUAAGUUAGUUGAGCGCAUGGUCCGCUGUGCUCCUCGUCUUCGAAACGUUGUGCUUUCCAAAUGCAUGCAAAUCACAGACGCCUCGUUGCGCCAUUUAACAAAAUUGGGCAGGCUGCUUCAUUACAUCCACUUGGGCCACUGUGCUCUUCUCACGGAUUUUGGCGUCCAGGCUCUUGUAAGAUCCUGCCAUCGCAUACAAUACAUCGACUUGGCAUGCUGCUCGCAGUUGACUGACUGGACGCUAAUAGAGCUUCUGAGUCUUCCCAAGUUGCGGAGAAUUGGGUUGGUCAAGUGCAAUUUAAUAUCAGACGCAGGCAUCAUGGAGUUGGUUCGUCGGCGUGGCGAGCAGGACUGUUUGGAAAGAGUCCACCUUUCAUAUUGCACCAACUUGACCAUCGGACCAAUUUACUUUUUGUUGAAGAACUGUCCACGAUUGACCCACUUAUCGCUCACAGGUAUAUCUGCAUUUCUACGUCGCGAGAUCACCCAGUAUUGCCGUGAUCCACCUCCUGAUUUCACCGAGAACCAGAAGUCAUCAUUCUGUGUCUUCUCGGGGCAUGGUGUUGUACAACUACGUAACUACCUCGACACCUUGAUGGAUCAGCGUGCGUACAUUCUCGAGCAUUACGGGUUCCAGGACGACGUUGCACCAACAUUCUUACCUGAUAGAAGACGCAGGCAAUUUGGAGAUAACGAAGAGGGCGGGACAUUCCCAACAGGAACCCAACUUCCAGCUAACCAAAUGGGCUUUGGUCAAGUGUUGCCGUUGCCAACCUUGAGGGGCCGUAUUUUUACUCAACAAAACGCAAAUGCAGAUCCUCCUAGCAAUCAAGGACAAGGAGAUCAGACUCAAUAUCCAACUCCCGAGCAGUACAACCAGCUUCGCAUGGCAGGACCAUGGGAUGCUCAGAGGAACGUUGGAGCAGGUCGAUUUCCUGGAGCCGGUGACGGCAGGAACUUGAAUAAUGAGGAGGACAAUAUGUCCACAUGGGCUGCUCAGAGAGGACUUGGGGAGUUGAGACAGGCGAGAGAGACGACACCGUCGAGAAGUUGGAAUCCGCCAAACAUGGAAGGGCUGGAAGGCAUAUUUAGGCAGCUUCUUGCUGUUGACGGCCAGAACAGACAACGGUUCGGCGCCUUGUACCAUCCACUCAACUCUCAGCUUGACAAUGUCAAUCUGCGGCUUCGAGAACAGGGCCAAGCCCAGGGCCAAGGCGGAGCACCAGUACAAGUGAGGCCCGGCAAUGCUCCGCAUAUAGCCCAGGCACCCGUGUUUGGCAACGACGAGCCCAUGGAAGGCGAGGAGGACUCAGAGAUGGAGGCUGUUGAUUUGUUCCCUCGGAUGAGAUGA